AGGAUCUGAGUGAGGAGCUGUGUUGCCGCUGAGACGCCCCACGGCAGCAGGUGUUGAGCAUGGGCUGAGAAGCUGGCCGGGCACCAGAGAACUGGCCGCGAUGGGCACCGGGCUGAGUCCUAGGCAGUCAGCAGCAGCAAGGAGGGUCUGCGGCUUCUGGAGUAGAGCUGGGAGGAAGCAGUUCAGGAGCGCUUGAAAGGCUCCGGAGCCCUACCUGCCCGGCCCACCAUGUUCCAGAGGCUGUGGGUGAGCCGCCUGCUGCGGCACCGGAAAACCCAGCUCCUGCUGGUUAACCUGUUAACCUUUGGCCUGGAGGUGUGCCUGGCCGCAGGCAUCACCUACGUGCCACCCCUGCUGCUGGAAGUGGGGGUAGAAGAGAAGUUCAUGACCAUGGUGCUGGGCAUCGGCCCAGUGCUGGGUCUGGUCUCCGUCCCGCUCCUAGGCUCAGCCAGUGACCACUGGCGUGGGCGCUAUGGCCGCCGGCGGCCCUUCAUCUGGGCCCUGUCCCUGGGCAUCCUGCUGAGCCUCUUUCUCAUCCCGAGGGCGGGCUGGCUGGCGGGGCUGCUGUGCCCGGAUCCCAGGCCCCUGGAGUUGGCACUGCUGAUCCUGGGCGUGGGGCUGCUGGACUUCUGUGGCCAGGUUUGCUUCACUCCACUGGAGGCCCUGCUCUCCGACCUCUUCCGGGACCCGGACCAUUGUCGCCAGGCCUACUCCGUCUAUGCCUUCAUGAUCAGCCUUGGGGGCUGCCUGGGCUACCUCCUUCCCGCCAUUGACUGGGACGCCAGUGCCCUGGCCCCCUACCUGGGCACCCAGGAGGAGUGCCUCUUCGGCCUGCUCACUCUCAUCUUCCUCACCUGCAUGGCAGCCACGCUGUUAGUGGCCGAAGAGGCAGCGCUGGGUCCACCGGAGCCCGUGGAAGGACUGUCGGCCCCCUCCGGGCCGCCCUGCUGCUGCCCGUGUCGGGCCCGCCUGGCUUUCCGGAACCUGGGUGCCCUACUUCCCCGGCUGCAUCAGCUCUGCUGUCGCAUGCCUCGUACCCUGCGCCGGCUCUUUGUGGCCGAACUGUGCAGCUGGAUGGCACUCAUGACAUUCACACUGUUUUACACGGAUUUCGUGGGUGAGGGGCUGUACCAGGGUGUGCCGAGAGCUGAGCCAGGUACUGAGGCCCGGAGACACUAUGAUGAAGGCAUUCGGAUGGGCAGCCUGGGCCUGUUCCUGCAGUGUGCCAUCUCCCUGGUCUUCUCUCUGGUCAUGGACAGGCUGGUGCAGCGGUUUGGCACCCGGGCAGUCUAUCUGGCUAGUGUGGCAGCUUUUCCGGUGGCCGCUGGUGCCACAUGCCUGUCCCAUAGCGUGGCCGUGGUGACGGCCUCAGCCGCCCUCACUGGGUUCACCUUCUCAGCCCUGCAGAUCCUGCCCUACACGCUGGCCUCCCUCUACCACCGCGAGAAGCAGGUGUUCCUGCCCAAAUACCGAGGGGACACUGGCGGUGGUGGCAGUGAGGACAACCUGACGACCAGCUUCCUGCCAGCCCCUAAGUCUGGAGCUCCCUUCCCCAACGGACACAUGGGUGCUGGAGGCAGCGGCCUGCUCCCAGCUCCGCCUGCCCUCUGCGGGACCUCUGCCUGUGACGUCUCCAUGCGCGUGGUGGUGGGGGAGCCCACUGAGGCCAGGGUCGUUCCGGGCCGGGGCAUCUGCCUGGACCUUGCCAUCCUGGAUAGUGCCUUCCUGCUGUCCCAGGUGGCCCCGUCCCUGUUCAUGGGCUCCAUCGUCCAGCUCAGCCAGUCUGUCACUGCCUAUAUGGUGUCUGCUGCGGGCCUGGGUCUGGUCGCCAUUUACUUUGCUACACGGGUAGUAUUUGACAAGAGUGACUUGGCCAAAUACUCAGUGUAGGAUACUUCCGACACACUGAGGGGAGGACCUGCCUCGGUGGGUCCCAGCUCCCCUGUCCCACAUCCAGUGAGCCCUCUGGGGCUACCAGGACUGGCCUCCAGUUUCUGUGGCUGCCUAAGUGGUGUGGCUCUCUGCUGCCACCCUGUGGUGAUGAGGUGUGUAGCUGCACAGCGGGUGGCGAGGAGGGGCGUGCUGGGGCUCCCCUCUCCCUGGUCUCCAAGGGCUGGUUGGUGGCAGCUUUCCAAGAGGAUUUCAGUCUGGACUUCUACAGGGAGGCCGGAAGGGCAGGGCAUUUGAUUAGCUCCAUGCACUGGAAUGCGGGACUCUGCAGGUGGGUUGCCCAGGCUCA